AUGUCAUUGGCUACGUUUUUCCUUGUCUUCACUUUUAUCAAUUUCCUUGCAAUCACAUUCAAUAUCUUCCUAUUCAUAUUGAUUUUCAAGUUGAAUGACAAAACUCGCCACCCAACUAUUUACAUUUACAACACUAUUAUUGCAAAUACUCUGGAUACAUUUUUCAUUUUUAUCACUUUUCUACUACCUCUUAUAUUCGAUGAAAAGUUGUAUAUCGUGUUUCGAAAUGUUUUCGGAUCCACACUCACCUUUGUGUGCACAUUCUUCUAUGAGCAUGUCUUCUAUCUGACUCUUCCAAUGAUUAUCCAUCGAUGUUGGCUGAUUCGUCAUCCGGAGAGCAAAGCUUUUGUCGGUUGGAAGCUUUGGACGAUUUGCGGUGUACUUGCUGCUAUCUCCCUGAUUUUUCUACUGAUCCCAUAUUUAUCAUCAUGCCCCGUUAAUAUCAAUCAACGAGCUUUCGACUUCGCCGUGGAUUGUGAGCAAAAACAUCCGCUCACCCAGUUCCAAAAUGAUUUCCUGUUUGUAAUUCCACUUCUGUCUUUUGUGCUCAAUAUUGUUGUGGUGCUAUAUCUGGCACAGAAGCGAGGAGAAGCGUUAAGGAGAAGAAGACUGAAUGUCGUAUCCAUCUCUUCCACUAGUAAUGUUCAUCAACUUCCCCCCUUGGUUACCCGAUCGAAAACUCGUCAAAUGUAUGAGCAAUCUCUUCUGCGACAAUCAUUAUUCACUACCUUAUUCUCUCUGAUCUACGAACUAUCUGGCUUUCUUCUCCGAUUUUUUAGGAAGGACUACCAAGCACUCUCUGAAGACACCCAACGCCUCAUUUUAUAUGCUAGACUGUGCCUAUCAUCAUUAUUAUGUUUUUUAGUGUUUUUUGUCGGGACACCAGCUAUUCGCAAAUUGGUAAUCACAAAAGUCAAGGAGAUUCUCCGAGGAAAAACUGGUCAUCGAUCUCCAACUGCAACAGUUCUUGUUUAA